UGACGCGCUAUUUACAUGUUAUAAUAAAGCUCGCUAAAAUACUUUAACAUUGGUCUGGUAUGAUAUUCAUUUAAGGCCUAAAGUAUUUACGAAAUAGCUUGGUGUCUUUUCAGAUCUAUCGACUGAUCUUAUAUGUAGAGCCAAUCUAUCAUUUAUGUUUUACCGAAACACAUGUUUUUACUUGUUCAAUUGCCUACUUCCCUAUGACUGGACGUUUGAUAUACAGCAAAGUCACGUGGUAGUUUUACAUUCAAUUCGUUCUGAAGUCCAUUAUGGAUAAUCAAUAAGGUGUAUCAAAACAUGUUAAUCUAAAGUUUAAAAAUACAUUUUGCAUAAUCCAUUACUUUGGGGAUAUGUCAAGAUGGCCGAAAAAAGUCCGGGAUAAUCAUUUUAACACAUAAGAACAACUUGCGAUAUUGAUAGAGUAUUAGGAUGGCACAUCAACUUCAUUUAGAGAAGGAAAAAUACAGGCAGUGGGUAAAGGCUGGUUUAGGACUUGGAUAUUUAAAGGAUGGACUGGUACCAUUCUGUAAUGACAUAGCUGACCAACAACAUAAGGAAAUCUUACAAAACAUCCGGUCUACAAAAUCACUACCAUCAACUGUGACGUGUGGCAACUGUCAAGUUGAAACUCUCAAGCCAGACCAUAAGCUAGUACCUGGGAAUGCUGGAAACAAAGUUUGUCCUCUUGGGCAAGUAAAAUGCAGCUGUUGCUUUAAGGGCAAAAUUGCUUGUCCGAACAACAUAUGUGGCGCCAUCUAUGACUUUAUUGUGCAGCAUCAUGCCUCCACGCCACCUGCACCUAACUGGAAAAAUACCGAUGCUCAACAGUGGUCAACAGACCCUUGGAGCAUUUGUAAGUGUUUUAUAAAUGCUCCAGGGUACGAGGACAAGACAUCUGCUGGUGAAACUGAUUGUACUGGGUUAUUAAUUCUAAUGAUGAAUAACCAGUAUUUUCAUAGCCACAUUGCAUGCAAUGUCACAAAAGCAAACAACCUUUUUUUAAAGGUACGUCAGUAUAGAAAUAAUAUUUUCCACUCAAGCAGCAUGGAAUUAGAAGAAAGUGAGGCCAAUUCAUAUAUUGACGAUAUGAUAGCAGUUUUACAAGAUGGUAAAGAGCUAUUACAACAACCAGAUGCCCAGAUAACAGUGAAUAAACUUCAAGAUCUGAAGAAGAAAGAUUUCAUUAUUACCACUGAAAGCUUUGAUGAAAUUCUAAGAGAAAUUAAGGAAGAACUGGCAAAAAUUCUGAAAUCGACAGAAAGUGCUGCAAACUAAAGAAGAAUAUGAUGAUCUGAAGAAGAAGCUAAUAGACCUUGAAGCCAAGAUGUCUGGUGAAAAGGAGGGAAAGCUGGAAAUUGAAAAAGAACUUG